AAAUAAAAAUUUCCAUCUAUGUCCCUAUCGGUAUUUUCCUCUGUUUCUUUCUCUUCUCUGCGAAUCAAUUUUCCUUCAAAAUCUUGCUAACCCUAACACACUCCUUCCAUUUCUCAUCCAAUUUCUUCAAUCAAGGAAACAAAAUCCCAAUUCGAAUCGAUUCGUCUCAAUUCUCAGCAACAAAAACCGCUGAAUUCCGCUUCUACAAAACCCUACUUUUCCAACCCCGCCGGCGACACCGCAUCUUCAUGCGAGAUCCCCUUUCUCCUCCGCCGUCUUCCGGCGACGACGGCGAUCCUUACGGCUCUUGGUAUGGCAACAUCGACUACCUUCUCAAUAUAUCGGCGAUCGGCGCUUUGUUCUGUCUCUUGAUCUUCCUUUUGGUGAAGUUAAGAAGCGACCACCGCCGUAUGCCUGGCCCCGCCGCCAUUGGUAGCAAGCUUCUCGCCGUAUGGCAUGCCACUGGACGUGAAAUCGCCCGCCACUGCGGCGCCGAUGCUGCUCAGUUUCUUCUCAUCGAAGGUGGAAGCUGCGCCGUUCUCUUGUCCGUUGCGUCUCUUGCUCUCGUUGUUUUGCUUCCGGUUAACCUCCAUGCCGGAACCUCGGUGUUGGACGAUCAAUUCUCUAAGACGACUAUUAACCAUAUUCCUAAAGGUUCGCCUCUGCUUUGGAUUCAUUUCAUUUUCGCUGUUGUUGUAGUUGUAUUGCUUCAUUUCGGCAUUUCUGCCACGGAAGAACGGUUGAGAAUCACUAGGUUUAGGGAUGGUUAUGGUAAUUUGAGUGAUCCCAACGUGAAUUCUAGUGCUAUAUUUACUAUAAUGGUUCAGGGGUUACCUAAAAUUAUAGGAGCUGAUAGGGCUGCGUUGCAGGAGUAUUUUCAAUAUAGGUAUCCUGGUAAGGUUUAUAAGGUUAUUGUGCCAAUGGAUUUGUGUGCGUUGGAUGGUUUGGCGACCGAGUUGCUUCUUGUGAGGGAUGAGAUUUCAUGGUUGGUGGCGAGGAUGGAUUCUCGCUUGUUGCCGGAUGAUUGUGAAGAGGAGGGUGGUGUUGGUGGGAGUGUGCCUCUGGGUUUAUGGAGUUGGGUGGUUUCUUGUCGGAAGCUAUUGAAAGGUUUUUUUGCUGAUAUUAUGGCUAGAUUUGGUUACACUGAUGAAGAGAGGUUGAGGAAAUUGCAGGAGCUGAGGGCUGAGCUGGAGACUGAGUUGGCUGCUUACAAAGAAGGGCGUGCGCCGGGUGCUGGCGUUGCCUUUGUUAUGUUCAAGGAUGUGUACACUGCUAAUAAGGCUGUUCAGGAUUUUCAGAACGAAAAGAAGAGGCGGGUUGGGAAGUUCUUUUCUCUCAUGGAGUUGCGUUUGAGGAGAAACCAAUGGAAAGUUGAGCGUGCACCUUUGGCGAGUGACAUUUACUGGAAAAAUUUGGGGACCCCAAAGCUCUCGUUGAAAUUGCGGAGAGUGUUUGUGAAUACUUGUUUGUUGUUGAUGCUCCUGUUCUUUAGUUCCCCGCUUGCUUUGAUCAGUGCUGUUCAAAGUGCUGGAAGGAUUUUCAAUGCGGAAGCUAUGGAUAGUGCACAGAUGUGGCUGGCUUGGGUACAAAGCUCUAGCUGGCUUGGAAGCCUUAUUUUUCAAUUUCUACCCAAUGUUAUCAUCUUUGUCAGCAUGUAUAUAAUAAUACCAUCUGCUCUUUCUUAUCUAUCAAAAUUUGAACGUCAUCUGACGGUUUCUGGUGAACAAAGAGCUGUACUCAUGAAAUUGGUUUGCUUCUUCCUUGUAAAUCUCAUUUUGUUGCGGGGUCUGGUCGAAUCAUCAUUAGAGAGUGCCAUCCUGAAAAUGGGACGGUGCUAUUUGGAUGGAGAGGAUUGCAAGAGGAUUGAGCAAUAUAUGAGUGCAUCAUUCCUGUCGAAGUCAUGCCUUUCGUCUCUUGCAUUUCUGAUCACAAGCACUUUCUUGGGGAUAUCUUAUGAUCUCUUGGCACCCAUUCCUUGGAUCAAAAGAAACAUUCAGAAGUUUCGGAAGAAUGACAUGCUUCAGUUAGUUCCAGAACAAAGUGAAGAAUACCCGUUAGAACAUCAGGACGGAGAUAGUCUUCAGAGACCACUAAUUCACGGCAGUGCAAAUGCUUAUGAAACUUCCAACGGGGAUAGUGAAGAGGGACAAGAUCUUUCUGUCUAUCCAAUGACAGGAAGCUCGCCUAAUCCAAAACAAACAUUCGAUUUUGCACAGUACUAUGCCUUUAAUUUGACAAUAUUUGCCCUGACUCUGGUAUACUGUUCGUUUAGUCCACUUGUUGUUCCUGUUGGUGCUGUUUAUUUUGGGUAUAGAUAUGUAGUGGACAAGUACAAUUUUCUGUUUGUCUAUCGAGUUCGGGGAUUUCCUGCAGGCAACGACGGGAGGUUAAUGGAUACUGUAAUAUGCAUCAUGCGUUUUUGCAUUGAUCUAUUCUUACUUGCCAUGCUCCUAUUCUUUUCAGUGCAAGGGGACUCUAUGAAGCUGCAAGCUAUUUUCACUCUUGGACUAUUAGUCUUGUAUAAAUUACUUCCUUCCCGUAGUGAUAGUUUACAAUCAACACUUUUGGAGGGUAUUCAAACGGUUGAUAAUGUUGUAAAUAGUCCCAUUGAUUACGAGAUAUUUUCGCAGCCCAGGUUUGAUUGGGAUACCUCCCAAAGGUGAUUCAAGCUUUGAUAUUAUUCUUGCUGUCAAAUAGAGUUGUACCUGUUCUCGUACAAAAGCAUGUAACUCAGAAAAGUAGGGGAUGGGGUUGAGGGAUCACUCUCAAGAGCCAAGAAAAAGGGUUCUUUAACUGAUAACACGCUUCAUUUCUACCAUCUGUUCCACUUGUCACCUAUUUCCAAAGAUUGGCCACAAUGCUAAUGAAAGUACCAUGUGAUAUUUCUGGAAGUUCCCAGCUUUGUGCAAAUUUGGGGCGAUUGUACUGUUUCCACUUUUUAUAUAUACAUGCUCAUCUCUAUGGGGAAAUUCUGGGGAAAGAUGGACUUGUUUUCGUCAGAGAAAUAGCGGUGAGUGCCUGUUCCUUCUACUCCAGUCAAGCUUCAGAGCACAUGCUGGACCAUUCCCACAGUCUA